AUGCAUCUCCGGCAAUUACCACAACCGAAAGCCGAAAGCCGAAAGUUCGAUCUCGGCUCGUUUGUGCGCGUUGCCACGAGAAAAAGCAUCUCGUUCCGAGUGCCGGAUCCGUCCCUCGAGAAGAGGACUGGGCAAGCAGGGCAGCUUCUGAUCGAUCCCGCCUUGGGUAACUCGGGAGAGGAUGGGGCGACCGUCGCCUGUGCGGAGGACGACGAUCGGCCAGACCAGGCCCAGCUCUCUAGCGAGACUGUGGCAUACUCCCUCCUCCAGCUGAAUGCGAAUAGGGAACGGCAGCGCACAUUAAGCGGGGAUACCCACAUGUUAACCGAGACCCAACCCCUCGGGCACUUGAUGGAUCUGCCAUUGCAAAAUGCCAAUGACCUCUACAACCACCACGAUCUUGGCCUCCCGGUUCAGUCCCAGCCGGCUAUCAUAUCCACCAAUAGAGUGACGGCAUCCACCCCGGGGCAAAGGAGCCAUGAUAGCUACCUCGCCACCUACUUUGAGUAUGGUUCCGUGUGGUGCCCGGUGCUGGACAAGGGGUCGUUGCAGGAGAGCUCCGACACGGCCGCGGGGUCCCUGCUGCUCCGGCACGCUCUAGCUUUAUGCGGGAAUCACAUCAACCCGCCUCUGAUGCAGCAUGCUUCCUCCACGGCCCACUACAAGCGCGCUAAGGACCUCUUCUACGAAGCGUACGACAUCAACCCCGUCACGAGGAUAUCGGCCGUAAUGUUGUUUUACUGGUGGAGCACCGGGCCGCCUAAUGUCGUCAGCAUGAAUACCAACUGGUGGUGGACCGGCGCAGCCAUCCGACUGGCGCAAGAGAUUGGACUGCAUCGUGAACCUCAUACGCAGCAGCAAAUGCAGUUUGGGAGACCAUGGGUCUUCGACGGAGGAUAUGGUGGACAUUAUUUGCCCUGCAUCAUCGACCCUGAUUACUGCGACGUCAAGAUGAUAUCGGUAGACGACUUCCCCGACCCUAGCGACAUUCGCGCCGACAUCUUUGUCCGGUGGGUCAAGUUGACGGAAAUCAUGGGCCGCAUCAGCAAGAUGCUCUGCAUCCGCAAAGACACGUGCACGAGUACUGCACCUCUCGCCAGUGAGCUCGUUAACUGGGUCCAGUCUCUCCCUGACCGCCUGCAGCUCCAAAUCGGCGGCGAUCGAACCACGGGGUUCAACCGCGACGUUCACGGGCUGAACCUCGUCUAUCUCGCCACCAUCACCCUGCUGAACUUGCGGAAAAACCGGGCGGGCAGGAUUCUCCCGAAAGCGGGAAGACCUGCCGUCGUGGCCGCGUCUUGCAUAGCGCGUAUAUUCGAGGACUACAUGGCCCGCGGAUCCGUACGCUUCCUUGCCGGCCAAGCGGGGUGGUAUAUCGCGGUCGCCAUCCUCGCGUUGCUCCAUGCGCGUGGCGACCCGCAUCUGCAGCCGUUUGCGGACCGGGAUAUACGGACACUUCGCACUGCGCUGCGCCAAAUGGCCUCCUUGUGGCAUUCCUCCAAGAUGUUUGAUCUCGGUUUCGAUAAGCUUGUCGCCGUAGACCCUGCCAGGAUGGUGGGGACGACUCGUCGCCGGACGCGCCCAAUGGAAAUGGAGUAG